CACAGUAAUCUGAGAUAGGCUGGUAGCCUUUGCACAUCCCUUUCUCUCUCUCCUCUCUUCCCUCUCACGCAUACAGUCGCUGUUCCAGUCCAACCAAUGUCAAGUUUUUUUUUUCCAGACUGUAUUCUGCCUUAAUCAUCUUAUAUGAGUGCACUACAGACACCGUGCUUGGUGUUAGUUGCGGCAUUGCUCCAGCCUACAGAUGGACACACCAGGCGAGAAGAAAAGACUAUGUGGGAGAUGGCAUGUGGUGUGCUGUUUUGCGUUGUUCACUUGUUUCUUGGACGCAGUCUGGGGACAGAUUCGUUACUCAAUCCCUGAGGAACUGGAGCAUGGAGCUUUUGUUGGCAACAUUGCAGAGGACCUUGGCUUGGAUUUGGACAAGCUCUCUGCGCGCAGAUUCCGGAUAGUAUCAGGUGCCAAGAAACAAUAUGUGGAGGUAAAUUUAGAAAAUGGAGUUUUGUUUGUUAAUGAAAGAAUUGAUCGUGAGGAACUGUGCGAGCAGAGUUUGUCAUGUUCUUUUCACUUGCAAGUGGUCAUAGAAAACCCUCUGGAGCUGUACAGGGUAGAGAUAGAAAUUCUGGACGUGAACGAUAACUCUCCUAGUUUCCCGUGGAUUGAGUUUAAUCUGGACAUAUCAGAGUCCGCUGCGCCAGGAUCCCGUUUCCCACUUGAGAGCGCACAAGACUUGGACGUCGGAUCCAACUCGCUCCGCACCUAUUUGCUGAGCGUCAAUGAGCAUUUCCUUUUGGAUAUACAGACGCGCAGUGACGGCAGCAAAUUUGCGGAACUAGUCUUGCAAAAACCGCUGGACAGAGAGCAGCAAAGUGCGCAUCAAAUGGUCCUAACGGCGGUGGAUGGGGGCGCGCCGGAGAGAUCAGGCACUGCGCAAAUUGAUAUCACUGUUCUGGAUGCAAAUGAUAACGCUCCAGUGUUUGAUCAGUCGUUUUACAGAGUGAGGCUUGCUGAAAAUGCACCAAAGGGCACUGUUGUCAUAAAACUCAACGCGUCCGAUUUAGAUGAGGGUCCUAAUGCUGACAUUACCUAUUCAUUCAGUGGCCACGCUCCCAUCAAAGUGCGCCAGCUUUUCAGCGUGGACUCGCGCACAGGGGAAAUCAAAGUCAAAGGAGUGAUCGAUUAUGAAAAGGUCAGGAUGCAUGAAAUCUAUGUUCAGGCUAAAGAUAAAGGUCCCUCGGCUGUAGCAGUUCACUGCAAAGUGCUGGUGAACGUUUUGGAUAAAAAUGACAACCUCCCAGAGGUGAUCCUGACAUCAGUGUCCACACCUGUGCAGGAGGACGCGCCCCCGGGCACGGUGAUUGCAGUUAUCAGCGUAAUGGACAAAGACUCAGGUGAAAACGGGAAUGUGGACUGUGAGAUCCCACAUCACGUCCCGUUUCAGCUCCACUCAUCGUUUAAGAACUACUACACGUUAGUAACUUCAGAUUUUCUGGACAGGGAGGCAGUACCAGAGUUCAACAUCACCCUUACAGCACGAGAUAUGGGCUCCCCACCUUUAUUCACGAGGAAAACUAUUUUGGUCCAAGUGUCUGAUGUGAAUGAUAACGCACCGCACUUCAAACAACCUUCAUAUACGGUGUAUUUAACUGAGAAUAACGCACCGGGAGCAUCGAUUUGCUCUGUGAGCGCACUGGAUCCGGAUUCUGGUCAGAAUGCAUACCUCUCCUACUCUAUACUAGAUGGUGAUAUACUAGGAAUGCCCAUGUCCACGUACGUGUCCAUAAACUCAGACAAUGGGAACAUUUACGCACUGAGAUCCUUUGACCACGAACAACUUAAAAACUUUCAGAUCACGGUUCAAGCUCAAGACGCCGGUUUCCCACCUUUGAACAACAACGUUUCCGUGAAUAUCUUUAUUCUGGACCAAAAUGACAAUGCACCUGUCAUUGUGUCACCGGUUCCGCAAAAUAAUGGCACGGCACCCUGCGAAGCUGUGCCCAAAUCAGUCGACGCCGGUCACCUUGUCACCAAAAUCAAAGCGGUGGACGCAGACGCAGGUCAGAACUCGCGUCUUUUUUAUCAAAUGCUCCAAGCAACAGACCCGAGCCUGUUCAGCAUCGCUCUGUACACGGGCGAAAUCAGGACGAUACGCCAGUUGGUGGAGAAAGACCCCACGAGGCACAGGCUGGUCAUUCUUGUGAAGGACAAUGGUCAGCCACCCCUCUCGGCCACAGUUUCCAUCAUUCUGUCAGUGGUUGACAGCCUGCCAGAUUCGCAGCCCGAUUUGGGUGACCUGUCACAAAGCCCGCAUCACAGCUCCAACUUCACCCUGUACUUUAUCGUGUCUCUGGGCGCAAUCUCCUUCACGUUCCUAGUGGCUAUAAUCGUCCUGGUUGCAGUGCGGAGACUGAAGGGCAGAACGUCCAACAGAGAGUCCAACUUCCCCUCCAUCAGCGGGUGCUGUGGCUGCUGCUCUCGCUCAGAAACAUCCACCACGACAGAGGUGUUCAAAAAGUCCAACUUAAAUGUCCGGAUGUCCUCAGGCGCGUCAGGCUGCGCGGAGACAAACAGCAACGGCGCACACCCUCAGGUCUACUGCUACAAAAUGUGUCUGACACCGGAAUCGUCCAAAAGCGACUUCAUGUUCCUAAAGCCUUGCAGUCCGGUGAUGUCAUUUCAACAGAACAACGCAAAGAGCACAGAUUACCUGACUUCUGGAUGGAGCGCACUGGACCGUAACGAACUCACCAAAAACAGAGCAGCAACUCCAAACGAGCAGCUUAAGUAUUCCUACAAGGACUGGACCUGGACCAAGAACCAGCGCAACUCAGCAUACAAGAGGUAUAGUUCAGCAAAUAUGGAGAGCACCCUUUCUCGUCAACAAAAAUACGACGCCUCCGUAGCGCCACAGUACUGGACCUGGGGGAACCAUAUGCGAGACUGCAAGGUGUCUCUUCAAGAGGGAGCGGUUCCUAACUACUCAUGGGCACCGAAGUACACUCAGCCAACUCAUUCUGAGCCACCAGACUACCAGCACAAUGUCUAUAUACCUGGCACCACAUCUGACUACAGCACUCUGAAGCUGGCACCCAGAGGGGAGCUGGAUGUGUACAACACUUUCUCUACUUUUGGAAAGAAAAAGAGAUUCAUCUCACACUACGAACAGUCUUUUGACAGAGACGACGAUCUCUUAAGCAAUUCCCUGUUCAAAUGAUACACCAGCUUUACUGUAUGUGCUAUGCCAUUACUAAUUCCAUGUAGAGCUAUAAAUUGCUUCCCCAGUGGACCGUGGACAAACUCUCCUUUUUCAGUGGACUUUAAUACCAUUCUUUACCAUAAGUGUAUAUUUAUUUGUUCAAAUUCUGAAGUGUAAAUAAAGUAAAUAAUAUAUUCUGAGUCAUAGUAGGAUCUUCGGGUAGCAGACAUUGACUUUUCCAUCGUGGAUUCGUAGUCUAGUUUAAGGCAUUAAACUGGGACACUCGAAAGAUGGCUUUUCAUUUCCAGCGAUGUGAUUUGAUCUGUUUGUAUGUCAUAGUGAACGUCUGAACUCCAAAAAAAAGGUUUUUGAUGUUAACAGCCUUCAGUCUGUUACAGAAGGAUAAGUCCUUGUACUAUUCCCUUUAUGUAGACACAUCUUUUUGUCUUAGAGGGAUAGCUGCUGAGUGUCAACUGUACUAGCAAAAAAACCAUACAUCAAAGUAGAGGUUUCUACCUAAUGCUCAAUAUAUGUAUUUAAGAAAAGAAAUAUACAAGUCUACAUUUGUGGGUUUUAUUUGUCACAAAUCUCUUGGAUAAUCAAGCUGUGCUCAGUUACAGUUGUCUUAUAAGUUCAGCUUCUGCCAUCCAGUCACGCCUGGUGCACACUUGAUAUCAGAAAUAUGACACAUCACAUCAAACUGUUGAGGCUUAUGAUAAUGGCACGAUUGUAACUGGCAUUCCAGAUUUGUAUUUAUAAUCGAGUGUGAUUUGUAUAGAUGAUUUCAGAGUUAUGUAAAGGACUAAUCCUUAUAUAUAUUCUAUGUACAGUAUAGAUUAAUAUCAACAAAUCUGUCCCCAACUUUGUAGUUGUUUUUUGAGAGAACAACCUUAAUUUUGUUGCUGUCAUAUGCUGA